CUUACUCUCUGUUUUCUAUGUAUUAGGAAGGUCGGUUAUAUUUCCUGGUCUUGAAAGUAGUAGUCUUGUAAAGAAGAGGUCCAGUGGUGCCCUAUAGCACAAUGCCCUCUGGUCAUCAGAACCCGGCAUCCCAAGUGCAUCUCCUCUGUGCACUACACAUGUUCUACUAUUGUGGCUGAACCCUAUUUGCUCAGUCCAGUCAAUUGCAAUGACCUACUUUGCCUGCUGUGAAUGCACUGGGCAGGGUUUGAUCUCUCACUGUUGAGUAGCCUUUUUGCGGUCACCAUGGGCUUGUAGAUGGGUGAUGUCAGUAGUCAGACUAGCUGUCCACACUCAGUUUGUCUGCUGCAGCUUCUUGUGCACUGAACAGCUGGGCCAUCUCCCUGCAUAGCCAGCUAAAAACCUCACCUGCUAGAGCUGUGAGAGCACUGGUGUGUGGGGUUGUCUCCCUUUCCCUCUAGGGCAGGAAUCACUUUCCUGGGGCACUAGUCCCUGCUGGGGCUGCUUGAAGGGUGUGGCAAGGCAGGAGUUGCUUUGGAGGGAUAUCUGCUAAGAUGGGUGGUUUGGAUAGGGCAGGACCAUAGGGGAAUGUGAGGGCAGGACGUGCAGUGCCACCAAGAUAGGCGGAGAGAGUUUGGACUGGUUCCCGCAAACGUACGGCUGUCUAAGCUGGGGGGAGGCAAGAGAAAAGGUGCCAAACAGCACUUUUGUUCUUGGAGAAGUCUCCUGAAGAUCUCUUCUCCUCAAAAGUAUGUUCUGAGAUUGGUAAAUGAAUCUCCUUUAUGUAACACCCCAUGUGCUUUUCAAAUUGCUGUUUCUAUGCUGUGUCUCAGCAGAGCUAUUUAGUAUGUUGGCUCUGUAAGGGUGGAAACUCAGUUUCCUCUUGCCUUCUGGCCCUCCCUGAACUAAGCCCACUGGUUUUUAAAGUACCUGGAAUUAAGCUUCGCUAAUUCUGAAAGCUCAGGAAGUUAAGCUUCCCUGGUUUUCAAACUAAAUGUUAUGGGGAUUUGUCUUCCCAGCAUAGGUCCCCGGUGCCUGGGGUGCCUGGGGUGGGUCUGAACCUCCCCCUUCUCCUAGCUUGUGGAUUCCCUCCUAUCUGUGGUUAGUCUCACCAUGGGUGUGGUUCCCAACCGUGUCUCUGCCCCUCUUACUCUUUUACACGUGGCCUCUCUAUGAUUAACUGUGGAAGUUCUGUUCUGCCAAUUUGGGUUUUUUUUUUUUUUUCCAGAGUUAGUUGUACACAUGUAGCUGUUAUCUUUGUAGGCCCAUGAAAUGAAGUGAGCUCAUCCUCCUCCUCCUCUGCCAUCUUCCUCUGAACUCUCCUCGACAUUUGAUUGUCUUGAUGUUUCUUGUAGGAGGAAAUUAUUUAGCAUUGGUCCUCCUGUGAUUGAGUUAUUUCACUUCACAUGUUUUCCGGGUCCACCCAUGUGUUGCAAACAGUAGGGCUUCCUUCCUUUUUCAACACUGAAUAAUAUUCCAGUGUCUGUUAUACCACGAUUUCUAGACCCAUUUCUAUAUCCAUCCAUCUGUUAAUGAGCACGGGGGUUACUUUCACAACUUGGCUGUUGUGAAAUGCUAUAAUGAACAUGGGAAUGUAGAAAUUUCUUCAAGAUCCUGAUUUCAGUUCAUUUAGAUGAAUACCCAUAAGUGGGUUUGCCCCAUCAUGUGGUAGUUCUAUGUUUUAAUAUUUUGAAGAACCUCCGUAAGAUUUUUCAUAGCGGCUGCACCAUUUUCCAUCCCCACUAACUGUAUACAAAGGUUCCAGUUUCUCCAUAUCCAUCGUAACCACCUUAUUAUUUUGGAGGGUGGGUAUGUGGAAUAAUAGUUAUCCUAACAGGUGUUGUCUUAUUCCAGAUUUUAGGGGAAAAGAUUUUGGCUUUUUACCAUUGAUCGCAAUGUGGGCUGUGGGCUUUUCAUAUAUGGCUUUUAUUGAGUUGAGGAGACCUGUUAUGAUGAUGUGUGUUAUACUCACCACACUUCCCAGCUUCAGCUUUUCUAUCGCAGGGACUGAGGUUCAAAAGAAUAUUAAUGGUUCUGCGGAUACCUUACCUGAUACCUUACCUGAUCUGCCAGUUUCUCUGGUUCUGACUUCCUUGAUUGUGGUGGAUAUUAUUGAAAAACUCAGGAUAUAUUCUCUUAGAAGGUGGCAAAAUUGUAAUGAAGUUAGAUAUGUCUGUACAACCACUUUGCACCAAGUAAACACCGUGAUGGACCAAGUGAAGCAAAAGGAAGAAAAUACUUCGUCUCCGCAGCCAGCCAGGAGGACCGAGGCAUCACAGCCAUGGGGACAAAGCACACAGAGCCCCGCUCCAGUGCUGGGAGAACCCCAGGAGCCCUCCUUCCACUCGGGAAUCCUGGGAACCAUGUCCCAUCAGGACUACCGUGCCCAGAUCAUCCUGUGGAGCUUUCUGCUGUGGUCUGACACCAUAGAAAUGGUGCGCGUGGCUGGCCACCCUGCUGUGUAUAAGUCAGGCUGGCUGUACCCAGUCUACAUAUUCAGCUUUAUUUCUCUCCUUCGGAUGAUAUUAACUCCUCAGAACCCUCUUCAGAAUUCCCUGGGCGUCUUUCUCCAAGACUUACCCUUUAUUUUUAUUAGACUUAGUUUAAUCAUUGCCCUGGGAACUAUCACACCCGUAUUGGGCCUUUGUAAAAACAUACUAGUGACUCUCUCUCAUGUUUACUUCAAUUACUUAUCCAAAUUCAGAGCUUUCUCUACCUUUGAAAUGUCUUCAUUUUAAAAAGAAAAUGGAAUAGGGCCACCUGGGUGGCUCAGUUGGUUAAGCAUCUGACUUCGGCUCAGGUCAUGAUCUCAUAGCUCAUGGGUUUGAGCCCCACGUUGGGCUCUGUGAUGACAGCUCAGAGGUAUAAAUUUUUGUCCUAUGGAAAGAAAUGAGGAAUAUGUUGUAGAGAAUAAACUGUUUUUA